CAUCUAGCCAAAACCAAUGUAGCGCAAACGACGCUUUCGAGACUGUUGACAGCAAGGGAUUCUUUACCUUUAUUUAAAAUUUAAACAUUUAGCGACAUUUUCAGAGACCUUUGAGGGAAAUUUAAAACCAUUAAAAUAGUUUAAAUGCUCGUUUUUAAUCGGCUACGGUGUCGCUGGUUUUUAUCUGUUUAACUUGGUGUUUGUUCAACAUACCUUUCAUGCCUUAACGUAAAGUUAGUAGGGCCUGCUCAACUUUUGACUGGCAGGAUUUUAAUCAUCUUGCAGACAUGUUUCCAGAGUUGAACAGUAUUCUUAAUACCAGCCCAAACAAUUUCAGAUCGGGUGACUUCAUCUUGCUAUCUGACAGACAAGCUGAUGCUUCAUUUCUCAUUCAUCACUAUCUGUCCUUCUACUUACGUGCUGGUUGUAAGGUGUGCUUUUUGGGUCUCGUGCAGUCCUUUAGCCACUACAGUGCUGUCAGUCAGAGGCUGGGUGUCAAUCUGACCCAGGCAAGGGAGAAGGGGCAGCUAGUCUUUCUUGAAGGAUUAAAGGACUCUAUUGGAGUUGUAUUACAAGAAGACACCAGCCAGAAGAUACAACCUUUGAAUUAUCUCAGGUCCCCGGGUGCUGGACUGGAAUGUCUUUUCAAAUUUGUGGAAAGUUCUGUCCGUCAGAGUGAAGAUGGUGAAACGUGGGGUCCUCCAGUAUUAAUCAUAGAUGAUCUGAGCGUACUCCUUAGUUUAGGUGUCAGUGCUGGAGCAAUACUAGACUUUAGCCUCUACUGCCAAGCCACCAUCUGUUCUGAGUUACAGGGAAAUAUGGUCAUUCUGGUGAGAUGUGAGGAGGAGGAAUUAGAUGAUGAUGAAGAUUCAAACCUGCUCCAGAGAGGACUAAUUCAUCAGUGCGGCUUGGCACUACAUGUAGAGGGACUGCCCACAGGAUAUUGCAGGGACAUACAUGGACAGUUGGAGGUGUGGUGGAGAUGGAGGGAAGAUGCCAUGUACAACCAAAGAAAAAUCUUUCAUUUUAAAGUCCAUGAAAAAGGAGCAUCAUUUUUUGCUCGAGGGUCUUCUAGUGCUAUACUCUAAAAAACCUUAUUUCUAUUCUCUUACUGUAACAAUAUCAUUAUUUUGUUUGUUUUAUAUAAAUAAAUACAUUUGUUAAACAUCA